ACAAGUUAGUAAGGCAAUCAUUCAGUUGGAUUCAGCUAACAUCUGAUUAAACAUCUAAGGCAAAGACAAACCCUGACAACAUGAAGAUUGCUAUUGCUUUACUUGUGGUGUUCUCAGCCGUGUUCAUGGCAGCUGCAGACGAGAAGGCAGAGGAARACAUUCACGAGGUCUUGAGAGCCAAUGACCUGCCAGCGAAUGAUGUGGAAGAGGAGCCAAAAUUAGAUUCUCCGGGGAUAGAAAAACGCAAAGUCAUCAAGCCUAAGGUUAUAGUUGAUAAGCUGAGCUACCGUAGCUGCCGCUACAUUCUUGAAAGAGGACUAUGCAAGUUGCACGCGAUACUGAGAAAACUUUGCCCUGCUCUGUGCCGCUGCAAGAACAUUUUGUCUACAAAGAGCUGCUUAUACCUAAAGAAAUAUGGCUAUUGCAAGAACAACAAAGUUGCAAGGACAAAGUGCCGUUUUACUUGCAGAACUUGCAUCCGUAAAUUCGUAAUUGGAUAAAUCGUGUCGWGCUGAAAACAACACUGCAUUGCACUCAACGUAAGAUUGCACCCAUUGCUAAGAUGAGAUUCAUGGCCUUCUUACUGAACUUCUAACCUCUUCCWCUUAAGAAGGAAGAAAACUAUUCGCAUUGUGAAAGUCCCGGAUGUGACUCACCCAUUAGUCUAAAGUCAGAAUUUUCAACCUGAAAAAUAAUAAAAUAUUAGCACCAAAAAUAAACUAUUUUAAAUAAAACCACAACGAAUUACUUGA